AUCGUGCCAGCUUGAGCCCUUGCACUUUGCUAGCUACCAUUCUUACACGUAGCUAGCUUAAUCAGCUAGAGCACCAGCAGCUAGUACUCGCCGCCGUCCGGGCGAUCAUGGUGGCGUUGAAGCAGCAGCAGCCCGCCGCCGGCGGGCCAAAGAUGGGGGCGGAGAAGCUGAUCAUCCGGACGGAGAAGGUGCGGUUCAUCGACAUCCUGUCGAUGCUGUUCCUGCGGCGCCCGAUCACCAGCUACCCGUUCGUGGAGGCCGGCGACCAGACCGCCGCCGACUUCGGCAGCACGCCGGGGGACUGGUUCGUCGCACUCACGCAGCUCAUCCAGAAGGCGCUCGCCGGCGCCUACUACCCGGCCCUCAUGAUCGGCGCCGUCGUCGAGUUCCUCCUCAACUUCAUCGCGCUCAACAAUGGCAUACUGGGCAUCUUCCUGAAUAUCUUCAGAUGUAAGCUGGUGAUCCCACUGAACCGGGAGGCGCCCAACUUCCGGUCGAUGAUCGCGAUGAUCGACGGGAGGACGGAGCUGAAGCCGCUGCCGGCGGGCGGCGGCCCCGACGACCAACGGCUGCAGGUGGUGGGCGUCUCCGCCGGCGGCGGCGGCAAGGACGACUACUACGUGGACGUGGAGAGUGGCGAGUGCGGCAGCGCGUCGGUGCCGCUCCUCCAGCAGCAGUACGUGAACGGGCGGCUCAUCCGCCUCCGCACCUUCUCCGUCUUCGAGGUCACCGUCAUGGCCGCCAAGAUCGCCUACGAGAACGCCGCCUACAUCGAGAACGUCGUAAAAAACGUCUGGAAGUUCAACUUCGUGGGGUUCUACAGCUGCUGGAACAAGUUCGUUGGCGAGCACACGACGCAGGCGUUCGUGAUGACGGACAAGGCGUCGGACGCGAGCGUGGUGGUGGUCUCCUUCCGGGGCACGGAGCCCUUCAACAUGCGCGACUGGUCCACGGACGUGAACCUCUCGUGGCUGGGCAUGGCCGACAUGGGCCACGUCCACGUCGGCUUCCUCAAGGCGCUCGGCCUCCAGGAGGAGGACGGCAAGGACGCCGCCAGGGCCUUCCCCAAGGACGCCCCCAACGCCGCCGCCGGCAAGCCCCUCGCCUACUACAAGCUCCGCGAGGUGGUCAGGGACCAGCUCGCCAAGCACCCGGGCGCCACCCUCGUGGUUACCGGCCACAGCCUCGGCGGCGCGCUGGCCGCCAUCUUCCCGGCGCUGCUCGCGCUCCACGGCGAGCAGGACGUCCUGGACCGCCUCCUCGCCGUCGUCACCUACGGCCAGCCGCGCGUCGGCGACAAGGUGUUCGCCGACUUCCUGCGCGCCAGGCUCCGCGUCGAGAUGCUCCGGGUGGUGUACCGGUACGACGUCGUGCCGCGGGUGCCGUUCGACGCGCCGCCCGUCGCCGAGUACGCGCACGGCGGGACCUGCGUCUACUUCGACGGCUGGUACAGGGGCGCCGCCAUCCCCGGCGGCGGGGACGCGCCCAACCCCAACUACUUCGACCCGAGGUUCCUGCUGUCCAUGUACGGCAACGCGUGGGGGGACCUGUUCAAGGGCGCCUUCCUGUGGGCCAAGGAGGGCAGGGACUACCGGGAGGGCGCCGUGUCGCUGCUCUACCGCGCCGCCGGGCUGCUGGUGCCCGGCCUGGCGUCGCACAGCCCCAGGGACUACGUCAACGCCGUCCGCCUCGGCAGCAUCGCCGCCAAGGAGGCCUGAUCCAUGCAUGAUGAACUUCAAUGAUGAUCUGGAGAGCUACCUACUAUGAGCCUGGAUGGAAGAGAUGAUCAAUAAGGUUUUAUUUUCAUUUUCCCCCAGAUUUUGGGGACUAGCUAAGCUAGCUAGCUGCGAGCGUGUGUCGACAAGUGUGUGGAGAUCGAGGGAAGCUGCUGGCUGUUGAUGCGUGUUCAUUUCCAUUUCCAUGUGUAUCUCUGCAACAAUUGGAAUAAUAUGCUCCGAUAUAUUCUGCCUGCUUGAUCUCCAUGGACAUAGCAAGGCAAGUCACUGAGCAGUUGAAGCAAA